AUAUAAAAUAUAAAUAUUACAUAAUUACAAGAUUUAAGAUAUUAAUUAAGAUAGUGGUAAACUAGUAAAUACUAAAUAAUUAACUGUUAUAUUAUGUAGCAGUAGUAGAGCGGUGUCUGCUGUAACUUUUUCAUUUGACUGCUAUAAAAAGUAUUACAGUAUACUAUAAAAAAAAUAUUAAAAAUCUUACAUUUAGUAACAGCGCGUAGAGUACAUCAAUAAAAAGUACUAGACACCUGUGGAUACGGUUGACAUCAUGUUAGCUCUAGUCACAGCAAUAUUGUGCAGUUCUAUUGGCCAUAUACAUAGUGAAGAUCAGUGUAAUGGUUUGUACAGUGAUUAUUCUCAUCAUUUAUCAUCAAAAACUCCGUAUAGAUAUGUAGCCAACCAUGAUAUAGAACCAGUCAACUUCGAAGGUUGUAAGGCAUGGAAAAUUUGGCUUGUUCAAAGACAUGGUACAAGGACACCUGGCAAAGAAUUAGAUCAGUUUGUCAAAAACAGAUUACCUGAAAUUCAAAAAGACAUUGUAAACAAUUUGAUUGAGCACAAAUUAUGCAAUGAAGAUGAAAUAAAAUUAUGGACGUCUCAUGAAGAAAUAGAUGAUAAAAAACGAUUAACCAAAGAAGGAGAAGAUGAACUUUUAGCGCUUGCCGAACGUAUGCAACUUAGAUUUCCUAAUUUAUUAAAUCAACCAUAUGAAAGUACAAACUUUUUGUUUAGAUUUACUGAUACUCAAAGGACUAGAAUAAGUGCUAAACAAUUUGCAACAGGAUUGUUUGGACGAAAUGACGUUAAGAAAGUAUUAUUUGAUGAACCAUUAGCUAAAGACCCAUUAUUAAGGUUUUAUAAAGUUUGCCAAAAAUGGAGAAAAGACGUUAAAAAAUCCUCUACGGCAUCAGCUGAACACCAACAAUUUAUUGAAUCUGAAUUAACUAAUGUUACAUUAAAAAGUAUAUCUUCGAGACUUGGACUUGGUUACACGUUAACAUUUAAGGAUGCCAAGAAUAUAUAUACUUACUGUGCUUUUGAAACUGCUUGGGAGAAAAAUAAAGUUUCACCAUGGUGUUCAAUUUUUAAUAAAUCUGAUUUUAUGCUUUUUGAGUAUAGUGAAGAUUUGAAGCAUUAUUUGAUAGAUGGUUAUGCUUAUGAGUUAUCAUACAAACAAGCUUGUGUCUUAUUAAAAAAUGCAAUUGAAUAUUUUGAUGAUCAAGAUUUAAAUAGCAAAAAUGGUAUUUUCUAUUUUACCCAUUCAGGAACAAUUUUGAAAAUGCUCGGAUUGUUGGGUCUUUAUAAAGACGAACAUAAGUUAAAACAUGACAACUAUUUUAAAAUGGAGAAUCGGCUGUGGAGAACUUCAAAAAUUGAUCCUUUUGGUUCAAACAUUGCAUUUGUCUUAUACAAGUGUAAUAAUAAUGAAACUAAGAUACUAACAUUACACCAAGAAAGAAUUGUCCAUAUUAAUGGUUGCAAAGAUGACCUUUGCUCAUAUGAAAAAUUUAAACAACUGUUUGCUACAGAACUUAAAAAUUGUAAUUUUGAUGAAAUGUGUAAUAUUGACUAAAUUGUUUAAUAUUUAAGCUUACAUA